CCAACACCUGCAUUUCCCCUCUUUUCAAUAUUCAAAGCAAAAAACCCAAAACUCUAAUCAUCAAACUAUGCCUUUUUUAUAUCUUCUAAACCUUAAUCAUUCCGUACAAUUCCAGCAUAAACCCCUGGGAAAAAAAUCCCUUUCUAACCGUCUAACCUAUCUGGGUAUUUCUUAAUUAGGGGUUUGCCCCCUUUUUUAUUUAUAGAAAUUUGACCUUGUUACUUAUAUGAAUGGCUACAGGGACAAUUGAGGGUGAAGAAUCAAAGAACAACAAGGUUUAUACCAGGAAAAUCCACAACAAACCCAAAAAUCCCACCUCUGUCCCUCGACAAUCUUCUCAGCGAACUCUAGCCACCACCACUUCAGCUGACGAUAACAACUCCCAGCGUCAGCUGCCACUCCAACCCUUCGAUGCCGUGGCUUCGGAUGAUUUGUCUAGUCAUAAUCGGUUGCCGCAGGGCGCGAAGAAUGCUACCAAUGGGAUUGCAACAUCUGGGUACGUAAAAUAUGAUAACAUUGUUAAGAUUAACUUCAAUGUUUUAUCAAGGAAUGAGGUUAGAGUUUUGAAAAGGAAGCUAGAUACUGAACUUGAGGAGGUUAGGGGUUUAAUUAAGAAAUUUGAGGCGGAAGAAAGUAGGUUUAAUGGGAUGUAUGCAAAUUCACGGGUUUCAGGGAAUAAGAAUGUUGAUAGAGACGGUGGAAGUUCAGUUAGAGUGAAUUCGGAUGUUGGUUCCGUAGGAUUGCCUAGUUCGUGGUCUUUUCAUGGAUUAUCUGUGUCAAUGGCAGAGCGUGAUCAUAGUAACAAUGAUGGUGGUGGUGGGAGAGUGUGUGUGGAGAACGAGAAGAGAAACCCAAAGGCAAAUCAGUAUUAUAAUAAUUCAAAGUUUGCUCUAGGGAAGGAGAAGUUGAAGCCUAUAGAGAGUAAGGAGAAGAUGAAACCGAGUGGUGGGAAGAGUAAUGGAGGUCAAAUGAGAGGUGGGAUUGCGCCGGAGAAGUUUUCUAGUCAGUUGUUUAAGAGAUGUAGUAAUUUAUUAGGGAAGUUAACGAAGCAUAAGUUUGGUUGGGUGUUUAAUAAGCCCGUGGAUGUGAAGGGACUUGGGCUGCAUGAUUAUUAUACAAUUGUUAAAUAUCCUAUGGAUUUGGGUACAGUGAAGACUAGGUUGAACAAAAAUUUGUACAAGUCACCUAGGGAGUUUGCGGAGGAUGUGAGGCUAACUUUCAGUAAUGCAAUGCUUUAUAACCCAAAAGGACAAGAUGAACAUAUUAUGGCAGAAAAUUUGUCUCAGAUAUUUGAAGAAAACUGGGCAGCUAUAGAAUCCGAGUAUAACCUUAAUAGGGGGUAUGAAAGGAUUCAUGAUUACAGUUUGCCAAAUCCCACUUCAAGGAAACUUCCUGCUCCAGUUCCACCUCCAGCUUUAGCUCUGAUUCAUACUCCUUCUCCGGCUUCAGUUCCAAUUCAAACUCCUGCACCUUCAUCACUACCAUUAGAAACUAGGACUUUGGGGAGACCAGAAUCCAUGACAAUGCCCGAUGAACCGAAGUCAAGAGCUGUGGACUUGACUCCUACUGGUAAGAUUGCAGUACCAAAGAAACCUAAGACAAAGGAACCUGAUAAGAGGGAUAUGACGUAUGAGGAGAAGCAGAGACUCAGUGUAAACCUUCAAAACUUGCCUUCGGAGGAACUUGAUAGCAUUGUCCAGAUUAUUAAGAAGAGGAACCCAGCACUUUUCCAGCAAGAUGAUGAGAUUGAGGUGGAUAUUGACAGUUUUGAUCCAGAAACACUUUGGGAACUUGAUAGAUUUGUGACAAACUAUAAGAAGGGUUUGAGCAAAAGCAAGAGAAAAGCUGAAGUUCCUCUUCAAGAAAAUUCUGGAGAUGACCAUAAUGUUCCCGAGACUAAUCUGGAACCACUUGCUAAAGAUGUACCAAAAGUAGCUGAAACAGAAGAGAAGGUUGCUCCCGCGUCACCUGUUCAUGGAGAAAAACUACAAAAUAACGAGAGUGGAUCAAGCAGUUCUAGCAGUGGCUCUGGAUCAUCAACUGAUUCCGACAGUGAUAAUUCAUCAAGAUCAUCUUAAGAUGGAAGCUGAUUCGGUAUCAUUACCAGGUAGCAAUCAACAACUUUAAACCAAUGAUUCUGCCUGGGCAUUUCUGGAGGACCUGAUCAACUGAUCAAACUGCAUAACAAAAACCAAUUUUUUUGCUUUUGCCCUUAAGAUUUUAAAGGAGGCAGUCGGCAUGCAACUCAACUUUUUGUUAUUACUGAAGCAAUGCAAAGCUGGUUCUUUCAGUUGCGUCAUUCGAUCCUGGUAUUCACUUUUACAAACAAAUCGUAUAU